AUGUCGACUGCGUAUAGGCCAAUCAAACCCGCCCUUUCAAAGGAUGGGAACUUUGGAAAGGAACCCCAAGAUCGGGCUGCAUCAAAGAGGAAUGGCAUAAUCAAAUCAGCUUGCUUGGAGUGCCGAAAACGGAAAUCCAAGUGCAAUGGACUCAAGCCUACAUGUGCAAACUGUGCCAAAUGGGGUGUGGAAUGCAUAUACGACUCGGAUGUUCGGGAUGCAAAACUCAGAAAUCUUCAAAGCAUCAAUGAGAGCCUCGAAGCAGAAUUGGAGGCUGCAAAGACCCUUCUGAUACAGGUAGCUUCUGGGCCGGAUCGAAUCAGAAGCAUCGUGUUGGAGCUUUUACAGAAUGCCAAGGAACCGUUGGAGAUAUUAGAAGUACUCAGCGACGCUGGAGGCAUUGACGUUACAAUGGAAGACUCACAAGUUCCUGGCGAGACGACUAUUCCGCCUCUUUCGACAGAAGGUGUUUUACAUCAUGCAGAGUCCUUUGCUGUAUCCAACUCUGGGUUAGCAGAGAAUGGUUUCGAGUAUUCGUCAAUGACACAAGCAACCUUUUAUCAAUCGCAUCCAGAUACAACCACAAACAUCCCCGUGUAUCCUAUAUCACAAGUAAAGGACGGCUCGCCAGGUCUCCAACAACCACAAAAUCUCCAGUCUCAGGCUCAGGCAACAAUACCAAUGCGCAGUAAGAUAGAAGGCUCGCCUGAUUCAAUCCAACUCGAAAACAAUCCCAGUACGAUAUCGCGUCAGCCAGGAAAACAAAGUCUUUUCUUCGAACCGUUGUUCAACCACGAUGACUUCCUACUUACAACAGCGACUGAUGCACCAGGACGAAGCCCUCAUAAUAGCCAACACGGGACAGUAAACCAUAUCAAUGAACAGUCUCCACUGAUGUAUGAAGGGCCGACUCGUUCAAUGCAGACCGCUACAACGGGCAUCGACAGCUAUAUAUCACCCCAAUCGAAUCUUGAAGCAAAUAGCGAACAAGCGUUAUCCUCAUCGCUCGACAUCCAGCCAAACUUUCGAAAUCACUUCAACAAUUUAUCUCUCUCAAGCAGCAUCCGAGCAAACGGGUACCCUGGAAGCAUUCAAGACGCGCAGAUACGCAACAUCUUUGUCCCCGAUUGGGCUGCCACCUCGCUUAACACCAUACCAGACCCGGGACAUCUCGAUGAUGCGUUUGGAGAUAUUUACAAACGAGGAACCAGCCUUUUGCAGAGUGGAGAACCGGUACAUCGAAUCGCUGGUCACCAUCCCAAUGUUGCAGCGCUAUAUGACCAGCAAGAGUUUGAUAGAUCGUGUCUUUUGUCACAGUGGGCAGCGAGAAUGGUGCAUAGCGUUAAGCAUCAAGGAUACGAUUUCACUUGCUUUGCAUCCAUGAAUGUAUUCUGGUAUAUGAUGAGAUGGAUGAUUGACCCUACACCAGAGUCAUAUGCUGCCAUGCCAGAGUGGAUUAGACCGACGUCCCAUCAGCUGUUUACACCUCAUAUCAGCAUGGCGGACUUUGUGCUAUGGCCAGGAUUCCGCGACCUCGUUGUACAACUACCGCAGCUUCAGCAACGUAUGGAAUGGCUCGCAGAUAUGUCGUUGUUCAUCAAGUGCGACUGGCCUUAUACCCUCGAGCAGGCGUUGUAUAGAAAUCCUGUCUCUGAGAGAGUGGAUCUUACGGAUCUAGCAAAGCAGCAUGUUUGGACACUAGGAUGCUGGUCUGUGGGACCUUCUUUUAGAAGAUUUUUACCUAAUGCGGAUUCGUAUCUUCUAGUACGACCGGAAGAGCAACCUGUAUAA